AUGACAUGGGGAAGCGAACUAUAUAUUUCUAAACAACCUAAUUCUGGAGAUGAGUGGUCGAUUUUGAAAUCGGGGGACCUGCAAGGGUCGCAAGUCAUUGUCGACCUGCCUAGGAAGUUUACUUGUACAGGAACUAACGGCGAUGUCCGAGGUAUCUGCAUUAUGAAAUGUUUCAACAAUGCCAAGAACGGCCCAUUUGGUGACUGUAUCGCCUUUCGGCAAAUGGAUGGCCCCUAUGCGACUAAAUCCAAUCCCCCUCAAACCCAAACUGUAGCUGCAAAGGAAUCUCAACCCUCUGAUAUAGUCGAAACGGUGACUAUAAAGGAGGCCGGACAGCAGAACAAUCAGAAAACGAAAACUGUAGCUAUCAUCGAAGGUCAACAGAUGCCAACUCAGAGAGGACCGAAGGUUAUAAUCAUUCACAAAACCAUAAACAUCGGUGGAAAACCCGGUAAAAAACCCGCUGCGAAACCCGCUGCGAAACCCGCUGCAAAAACUACUGCAAAGGCCGGUGGAAAACCCGGUAAAGAAGAACCUGAAGAACCUGAAGAAGACAACGAAGAAGGCUCUAAAAAGAAGGAUAUCAAAUACUACAAGCUAAGGUUCAAGCGAGCCUAG